AUGUUUAAUGUAAAGGCGUGUGUGGAAUAUGUUGUAGAGUGGGCUGCAAAGGACUCAUAUGAUUUCCUUACAACGAUUAUUUUAGCUCUUAGUCCACUGUUCUUAGCAAGUGCCAUCUUGUCCUGGAAAUUGGCCAAGAUGAUUAAAGCCCAGGAGAAGGAACAAAAGAAGAAACAGAAAUAUCAAGAAAAUAUUGCGAAAGCUAAACAACUGAAAAAAAGAUUUAAGGGAUGA